AUGGAUAUGGACGGUAUUUACACUGAAAAGAGGCAACCACGCAAAAUAAUGAAGGUUAACGAUAUCUACAAGCACUCGGAAUACGUUCAAGUUAAUAGAAAAUAUUGGAAAAGUGUGAUCGAAGGCCUUGAUUCCUGUAAUAAAUCUGCGUCAGAUGAAAGUGAGGUGUUAGCCGAGGUUUUACCUGACGAUCUGUACCAAAAAGUAUGUAACACUUUAAAAAUUCCACUGAAACCUAUCCAUCAAGAAGAAAAAAAUUGCUUGAAAGUGAAAUCACCAAGGCGCAGAGUCAAGGAGCCACAAAUCUCCCACAGGAAGUGCCUUUAUAUAGACAAGGAACUAGAUUCAGACACUGAUGUAGAAUACACGCCCAGCGAUGACGACGAGAAGCCAAACAUUCACCAAGAGUUAUUGAGUAAACCAGAGCGGGAGCAGAUAACAUGGGACACUCACUACUUGCAGCCAGAGAGAGAAGACGAGAAGAGUCUAGUUAAGAAGGCUAAUGAUCUUACCGACAGGAUUGCUAACGAGUUCUGCGAAUACAUGAAACAACUUGGCGGGGACCAACAAUCUCAACUGUUUACACCCAAAGCUAUCAAGGAACUAUUCCAAAUUGAAUUCGAUACUCACGUUGCCCAAAGUCUGCGCGUAGAGCCGAAGGAGCUGCCUUGUGUUCAUGAUAAAGUAUGCAAUGUGAUUGGACAUCCACAGAAAUCCCGUACUGCAGCUUUAGAGCGACAAAUAACAAAGGAUAUCAGGGCACAGGAGCGUAAAGACCUAGUCACGGCGUUUGGACAGAGUCUGCCUAUGAAAGAUCAGUACCACGGACCGAAGAAUAAGACGAAAGAAAUGUGGCGGUCGGCGCGUCACGUACCGAAAGAUCUUGUCACUCUUAAAACUGUAUGGGAAGGCAUUACAAACCUACGAAGCGUUAAAGAAUAUUGUCGUUGGAUGAUCGAUCACCCGGAGCAUCGGCGUGCACCAUACCUGACUAGCCUUGGCCUAUUUGAUCCUGCCGUCUUGGAAGCGAGGCUAACCUUCGAGGCAGAGUGCAACCUCACUCCUCCGGCAGUCACUCCGCAUGAUAUCCUAGAUACUGCUACACCCAUUGAUCUUUUACACAGGAAAUUGUCCGAACUAGCUGAAUCUUAA